UUUACGUUAUAAAUGAUCUAACAUAUAAUCAGAGAGAGGAACAAAAAACGCUAAAAAAGCAUUUAGGUUAUUAUCGAGAAAAAGGCACUACAGCCUACAUUAAAGGAAAUAGACUUUAUGUUAAUGGUACCAGCUAUACCACUAAUAACUUAAAACCACUUGACACAACUACACAGCAAACCAUCAGUGAACCAUCAACAUCAAGUUCCACCAAGCACCAAGAACCAUUAAAAGACCCAGACAAUCAAUAUACCAACAAAGGAGAAGACGAAACUGAUGAGAGCGAAGAGAAAGAACAUAUUAUCUCUAAUAAAUAUAUAACUUCUUCUAGAUCUUUACAAAACACUCCCAAAAACAACAAAGUUUCUGAUAGACUACAAAUUACUAAUAAACAAACUAAUGUUAACAAGUCUAAACAAAGAACGAGAUUACGAUAUAACAAAUAAAUACUAUAGUACCUAAAAUAAAAUAUUUCUACUAUAAUAAAAGGUAAAAAUCGUUUAUCUUUCUUUUUGUUUUCACAAAAUCUGUUAAUAUUUGUUUGUCAAAUAUUUAUAUUAUUUAUACUAACAUUUUUUAACAUUUUAAUAGCUUUUAACUUUUUUUGUUAUUUUUAUUUAACUAUUGAAAUCAAAUUCAAUUUACUAAAAAAAUAUGGAUGCAUUUAUUCAAGAAUAUGAAGUAGUUGAUAAAAAAUCAUGCAUACUAGAAUCAAUGACAAACUUUAAUACUUUAAUUAAUAAUUUAAUACAACCUCUUAAUAUUAUGCAUCUGAAUAUAAGAAGUUGUCAAAAAAAUUUUGAUGCUUUUGUAAUUUUUCUAUCUGAAUGUAAAACAGAUUUCUAUUUUAUAAUUUUAACGGAAACUUUUAAACAAAAUGAUUUGGAUUUAUUUCAAAUUGAAGGUUAUACAUUAAUAUACAAUUCAGGUACAUUUAACAAAAACGAUGGAGUAAUAAUUUAUAUAAAAAAGUAUAUUAACCAUAAAUACAAAAUAGUAGAUAUAACAGUAACAAAACUAAUUGAAUUAGAAAUUUUACUUAACAACAAGAAGAUAAUUUUAUCAGCUCUAUACAGGUCACCAAAUACUUGUCCAAUAACAUUUAAUAAUAAUUUAAUGAAUUACUUAAAUAAUAUCAAUAAAUCCGAUAUUCAUAUUUUUGUAGGUGAUAUAAACAUUAAUCUUUUAGAGUAUAAUGAAGAAUUCGUAGAAGACUAUAAAAGUAUCAUGAGUGAGUAUGGAUUUAUAUCAUACAUAAACGAAUAUACACGUCCCGCAAGUAAAACUUAUCUGGAUCAUUUAUUUGUCAAAUGUUCUUUAAAUUUUGAGAAUAAUAUUAAAUCUUAUAUUUUUAGAUACCAUGAUAUUACUGAUCAUUCGCCUAUAGCACUCAGUAUUAAUAAUUUUAACAACACAAAUUUAAAUAUCAUGCAAUCAAAAAUGUUUAAAUAUUUUAUCAAUUACGAAAAACUAAAAUUAGAUUUAGAACAAGAAAAUUGGUUUUUAGUUUACUCUGAAAGAGAUGUCAAUAAGAGCAUGGAAUGUUUCAUUACAAACUACAAAAUUAUAUAAACUUAAAUACCAAGAAAAUAAAAAUUAAACACAAAGAAAGAUAUAAAAAACCAUGGAUAACACCAUCGUUACUUAAAUUAAUAAAUGAAAAAAAUAAUUUAUACAAAUCAUUAAAAACUCAUCCCGAUGAUAAAAAUUUACAGAACAGGUACAAAGUAAGUAAAAAUAAUUUAUCAAAACGUAUUCAACAAGCAAAAAAAACCUAUGCAGAAGUGUUAAUAAAUACUGACAAAAAUAUGUCUAAAAAUUUAUGGAGAUGCGUAAAUAAACUAUGUGGAAAAACAGUUUCAAAAACAAACAUAAAACUAAUAAAAACACAAAAUAAUGAAGUACUAACUAACAAAACAGACAUAUCAAAUGAAUUUGUUGACUACUAUAAUACCGAUUUAGGAAAACGAUAUGCAGAAAUGAUCUCUGAGCCAACUGAAUUUCAAGCAAACAUAUUGGAAAUAAAUAAUAGUAUGUACCUGUCUCCGACAACUAAAAAUGAAGUUGAAGAAAUUAUAAAAUCUUUAAAAAAUAAAAAGUCACCAGGGCACGAUAAUAUUAGAUCUGAAACUUUAAAAGAAAUAACAAAACAGAUUUUAAAUCCCUUAACAUACAUAAUAAAUUCAUGUCUUAAUUUAGGCAUUUUUCCAGAUAUAUUAAAAAUUGGAACUAUUAAACCACUAUUCAAAUCUGGCGAAGAAACAUAUUGUCAAAAUUAUAGGCCUAUAAUCGUAAUCUCAAAUAUAGGCAAAAUAUUCGAAAAAAUAAUUAAAAUAAGACUCACACAUUUUUUAAAAAAAUUUAAUAUACUAUCUGAAUGUCAAUAUGGGUUUCAAGAGGGAAAAUCAACCGAAGAUGCAAUCUGUGCUCUAACAGCUAACAUCUACAAAGCUCUUGAUAAUGCAAAACCAUCUCUUUGUAUAUUUGUAGAUUUAGCAAAGGCAUUUGAUACAGUUUCACAUAAAAUACUGCUAAAUAAACUUCAAAAAUAUGGUAUAAGAGGACUUGCAUAUAACAUCCUAGAAAGUUAUCUGCUAAAUAGACAACAACAUGUUUCUAUAGAUGGAAAAAUCAGUAAAGGAAGAAUUAUAUCUUACGGAGUACCACAGGGAACAGUCUUGGGACCAAUUCUCUUCAAUAUUUAUAUCAAUGAUCUAUUCAGACUGAAUGUAACAGGUAAAAUCAUAAGUUUUGCAGAUGACACAGCUAUUUUCUAUGAUGCAAAUACAUGGAAUAAUUUAAAACAAAAAGCUGAAACAGAUUUUGCUACAAUUCAGAAAUGGUUUCAGUUUAAUAAACUUACCUUAAAUAUAGAAAAAACAAAAUAUAUACCAUUUACAUCAUAUGUUAAUAACCUCCCAAAUCUUGGCUCAUUAAAAAUUGAUGCAAAAAAUGAAAUUCCAUAUACAUACGAGAUUAAAUAUCUAGGUAUAAUAAUUGAUAAACAUUUACGAUGGAACAACCAAGCAAAUAAUAUAGUAAAUAAAUUAAGAGGACUCUUAUCAAGAUCUAAAUUUUUAAAACAAUUUUUAGGAAUAACUCAUUUGCGAAUUCUUUAUUAUGCACUUAUACAAUCUCAACUCACAUAUGGCCUUUUAGGAUGGGGUGGAAUACGCAAUAAUUACUUACAUUCUAUAAAUAUUAUUCAGAAAUGGCUAAUUAGAAUUUUAUACGGAAAAAAUUUAAGAUAUUCUAGUGAGCUGUUAUAUAACGAAAGUAAAUUUUUAAAUGUACGUAAAUUAUUCUGUUAUAAAGCCCUUAUACAUAUACAUGAAAAAAAGAUAAUAUUAAAUUUUAACAGUCAUGCCCACCAAACUAGAUAUAUAGAACAUAAUACAAUUCUACCAAAAUGUAAUAAAUCCAUCCUUCAAAGAUAUGUUGGUUACAUAGGGCCCAAAUUGUACAAUUUGCUACCGGAUAAUUUAAAACAAUUUAAAAAUUAUAAAAAACAUAGAUAUAAAUAUGAAAUUAAACAAUGGAUUGGGAACAAAUCAACAAAAUUCUGUGAAGAACUUAUCAAUGGACAAUAAUUGUAAUAAAUAAACUUCAAUAAGAAAUAAAAAAUUAUAUCGAAAAUAAAAAUUGUAUCUAAAUAGAUUUUUAUUAUCAACUGCGACAUUUCUUGAAUUAUUGAUGGCCACAUUUAUAUCACAAAUUAUAUUAAAAUUAUUAUAUUUUUUUUUCUUGAUUAAUGUUAGAGUUUUUAGUAUUUUUAUAAAUUUUCAUAUAACUGUAUACAUUUAUACAUUUGUUAAAUAUUUUUUGUUUGUUUAUAUUUGUAAAUUAGUAUAUUAUAUUUUUAAGUCUCACGCACAAGGGGUGCUACUUUUGUAUGUAUAUUAGUAAUAUAUAUAUACAGGGUAGCUCAACUUCAGUGAGUUAUUUAUGUUUAUUUAGGUAGUACUCAUUAUGCUUUUUA